UGUUAGUUGUUCGAUAUCUAUUCAGUGUCGCGGGCAUAUAAGUCAGUCCCUUCCGAGCAUUUCUAGUUGCCAAACGGGGCACGAUUUCAUCGCAUGUUAUUCGUUUAAACAUGAUAAUUACUUUCGUUAAUCAGACUCCUUCUUUAAUUAUAUGUCAUUUAUUCAGAAUACGAAAAAAAAAUCAAAUAACCAAAAAUUUGCCAUCUUGAUUAGGUGUUAAAUUAGAUAAAUUUCUCUAGUAAAGGUUAUUUUUUGGUUAUCAUCAUGCCUAAAACGCGAAGAAAGGGAAAGUUAGGUCGUAAUGAAGAAACAACAUCUGAUGAAGAUUCUCUUGAAAAUGGAAGUGUUUACUCCUUACAAUCUGAUGCACGGAGUCUAGUGGGUGAUGAUCCUGAUGAAGAUAAUGGAUUAUUAAAACUAAAUGAACAGUUGGAAGAAAGAUUCAUUGAAGCUGUUGAUGGUGCUUCUCAAAAGUCUGCUGCAGGCAGAGCUAAAUGUCUUGAUAGUAUAUGUGAAAUUUUGCUCAAGCGUUAUAUGCCAGAUUUUGUCGCAGAGAGGCAAAUGACCGUAACAGAUCUUAUUGAAAGAUCUAUUAAAAAAGGACGUGGCAUAGAACAAGCUGCAGCUGCUCGUGUUGUUCCAUUGUUGUGCAUCCAACUUGGUGGCGGUGAAAAUCUUUGUAGAGACCUUAAUCCAAUUCUAACUACUACUGCCUUAGAUCCGGCUGUACCUUAUGAUGCUCGAGGAAAGUGCUGCACAGCCUUGGGUUUGCUGAAUUUUCUGGCUGGUGGUGAUCUAGGUGAUAUUUUAUCUUUAAUGAAAUCUUUAGAGCUUAUAUUUAGCAGCAGUUAUUUGAAGGGUGAUGGAUCAGUAAAUACCAUUAGUGUUGAUGCUGGAGCCAUGCACGCAGCAGCCCUGUCUUCUUGGGGAUUAUUGCUAACAUUAAUACCAGCUGGCGAUGUUGUAAAUUUUAUGGCUGAUGGGCUUCGAACACUCCCAUCAAUCAAGUCAUUAGCAGGUUUGUUACAAUCUUCUCAUCUGGAAGUGCGCUUGAUAGCUGGUGAAUGCAUAGCACUGUUACUAGAAAUUGGCAGAGGACAUCAAGAAGACUUUUUGGACAGUUACUUAUGUGAAUUAAUUGAUGCUACUAAACAACUUGCUACCGAUUCUCAUAAAUAUCGUGCUAAACGUGAUCGCAAGACUCAGAGGGCCACUUUUAGGGAUAUAUUACAUUAUUUGGAAGAAGAUAUACCACCAGACAUGCAGGUCAGAUUUGGAACAGAAGUACUGAUAUUAGACUCCUGGACUUUGCACAGGCAAUACAAUGCUAUCUGUGGAACUUUAGGAACCGGUUUAAACUUGCAUUUGGCAGAAAAUGAUUUUAUUCGAGAUAUUUUUGAACUUGGGCCAAGACUUGAAUCAUUUGGUGCAAACAUCAAUAAACAAACUAAAUUAGAACGACAUCUGAUGAAUGCAGCUGCAUUUAAAGCUCGCACAAUAUCAAGGAAUAAAAAUCGAGACAAACGAUCAGCUGUUGUGUCUUGUUGAUAAGUAAAUUUUUAGAAUUAUUUUGAUGUUUAACUGUUUUAAAGAAAAUGAAUAAUUAGACUUGCUGUCAAUGGAUUUCUACCUAAAUUAGUUUGUGUAUGUAUUCUGUUUACAUUUAAUGGUAGCACAUGUAUUUAUCCAACUAUUAUUGAAAGUGAGUUUUAAAAUUC